AAACAAAAAGUCCUUAAAAAGGAAGCAAGAGAGAGAGAGAGAGGUUUCUUUCUCUUUCUUUAUUUAGUACUACUCCCAUUCUCAUAUUUGCUUAAUAAUUAAGAUUUAUAAAUAUAUAAAGACGAAAAAGAAAACUGAUCCUCUGAAAUUGGCGCUUGCUCUAGUUUUGGCAUUUCUCACAAAUCCCAUUCUCAGUGAAUGUGUUUAGAUAUUCAGGCUCGCAUAAUUCGUACGUUAAUGACGUCAAGAACUUUGAGGAGAAGGCUUCAUCAUGGGGAUGUUGAUGGAAAAAAGCAGGAGCAUAUGGAGGCAUCAUCGGGGUUGGAUGGUUUGGAUGAGCCUCUGCUAGGAUAUUAUGAGCACGAUGAUAGGCAUUCCGAGGGAGACACUAAUGAAGAUCUUUGGGAAGAGGAAAGGAGGAAGGAACACCUCCAUUGGACGCGUCUAUUCUCACAGUUGAUUGCCCAAUGGGCUCAAUGGUUUGCAAAUAUUGUCCUUGGAUCCGGAUCUCUAAUUGGACGCCUUUUACCCUUUUCAUCCUACACACAAAGAGGACAAAGCAAUAAGCUGCUUCCACUUUCCCUUAGUCCUUUGCAGGAAGAAAGACUCCAGAAUCUACGGCAAAGGCUUGAGGUCCCCUUUGAUGGUUCUCGUGUUGAGCAUCAAGAUGCACUUAAACAAUUAUGGAGGUUGGCUUACCCUGAAAGGGAGCUCCCAUCUCUUAAAUCUGAGCUUUGGAAGGAAAUGGGUUGGCAGGGUUCUGACCCUUCAACAGAUUUUAGGGGUGGGGGAUUUAUAUCGUUGGAGAAUCUUAUCUUUUUUGCUCAGAGAUAUCCGGAAUCGUUCCAAAGAUUGUUACACAAACAAGAUGGAACUAGAGCUGAGUGGGAAUAUCCCUUUGCUGUAGCUGGGAUCAAUAUUUCUUUUAUGUUGGCACAAAUGCUGGAUCUUCAAUCAGGAAAGCCAACUUCUCUAGCAGGAAUUCGCUUUUUGGAACUGCUUGGGGAAGAUGAAAUGGCAUUUGAUAAUCUCUAUUGUGUAGCCUUUCGUAUGAUGGAUGCUCAGUGGCUUGCAAAGCGUGCUUCUUAUAUGGAAUUCAAUGACGUUUUGAAGUCUACAAGAACUCAGUUAGAGCGUGAGCUUGCACUUGAAGAUGUCAUCAACGUGAGAGAUUUACCAGCAUACAACCUCUUGAAAAGAUAGUGUACUUUAGUUUUAUUAGUUCACUGACCCUUCCCAUUUUUUUUUUUCUAUUUUCUGCUUUUUUAUUUUUUAUUAUUUUUUUUAUACAUAAGUUGUUCUAUCAUAUUUCCAAAACCACACCGAAGAUUCUGUUCUUCAAAUAGCCAUGGCAUAUAAAAACUUUGCCAUCUUAAUAGUUCAAAUGUCAAAUGUUAAAAAGAGUACAAGCUUUAAGUGCCUCAGAUUCAUAUGCGGCUGCAUUUUGUGUA